AUGGAACCAGAGGCAUCUACUUCAAAUCUUUAUACAACAACAAAUUCAAAUGAUCUUAAAACCAUACCACUUUCCAAAUUCUUACAGCUUUGUCCUGCAAAUUUUGAUUAUAAACUGUCAGAGGAUGCUAAACAGAAAAUACUAGGGAGAUUGUUUUCUGAAUUUUGGAAAUCAAAUGAAGAUUACAGAGAUUUAUUUUUUCCAAAUGGUUUUGGUGAUGGCAAUUAUGAAUAUAAGCUUAGUCUGGCUCAAAGUUCUAAUGUAAAUAAUCAUUCCCUCGAAAAAGGAAGACCUUGUGGUCAUGUAUUCAAAAAAGGUGAAGGUGUUUAUAGAUGCAGAGAUUGCGCAAUUGACGGAACAUGUGUUUUCUGCACUCGUUGUUUUCACGCAACAGAUCACGAAGAUCACGACGUUAUUUUUUCUAUAACUACUAGUUGGAGUGGAUGCUGUGAUUGUGGUGAUCCAGAGGCUUGGAAAGUUCCUAUUCAUUGUGCUUAUCAUUCACCCGAGAUUACAAAUACUUUGGAUUCAAUUAACAGUCGAAAUUUACCAACUGAUCUAUUAAAUUCAAUUCAUGAAGCAAUAUCCACUGUGCUUGUCUUUAUGAUUGAUACUUUAUCUGCUUCUCCCGAAGAAAAAUUGCCUCCUAGUGAAGUAGAUCAAGUUAAAAAAGAGGCAAUCGAAUCGAGCUACUCUAUUCGAUAUCUUACCACUACUCCAGAUGAAAAAUUGUUUGCCAUAAUACUUUGGAAUGAUGAAAGUCAUUCUUUCAGUGAAGUCAUUGAUCAACUUGCUGAUGCUACUGGUUGCACGAAGGAUGCAGCAAAAUCAAUUGCUGAAAGAGUCGAUUCAUAUGGCCGUGACAUAGUAGAAAUAUCUGAUGAUAUUCCACGCCUUCUUAGCAUUGCUCGUACCAUCUCUUCCAUAGGUUUAGCUGUUACAAUUCGUUCAGCCAGAGAUACCUUUCGUGAAGAAAUGUGCGGCCUAUUUAUUGAUUGGUUGAAAGAUCUUGCUAAUGGCAUGGUUGGAUCAAACAUUCAUGUGCUAAGAGAGAUAAUCUGUGAAGAACUAUGUAAAAAAUGGAAGAAACCACUUGAUGAAAGAUAUGAAAAUGAGGAUGUUGAUUCUAAUCAAAUGAGCGAUGGUGACGAGGCAAUGGAAUAUGACCGUAUUGUUGAAACUGGUUCGAUUGAUGAAAUGUCAACGGAUGAAAGAUCAAUCGAUACUACUACAGAACCAAUGGAAGAAGAUGAGUCGCCCACUUCAUUAUACAAGGCAUCAACUACAAAUCAACUAGCCGAAGACUUUAAUAAGAAAUUAAGGCUUGAUAAAUUAUUUCUUUUGGACUUUAGACUUUGGAAAGAAGCUCGAUCUGGUCUAAAAAAAUUGUAUAUCAAAACUUUAGCUACUGACCCUGAAUAUAAGAAAAUAAUGGGUAUACGAUUUGCUAGAAAUUACGUGAAAAUUGCCAAAGCCUUUCUUACUCCUGAUCGUGAGCCUGAAUAUUCAAUUAUACUUUUUUCAAUACAACUUUUUCCUAUCGCAACAAUAUCAUCAAUACUUGUUAACAAAUAUCAUUUUCUUAGUACAAUAUUUGCAGUGUUUCACACUUUUUUCACAUCAGAUGCUGUUGGAGAUGUAAAAGAUAUUGAUCCAUCUGCCAGAAUUAAUUGUGAAGCUCCUAGUUUUAAAAAUAGAUGUUAUUUUCAUAUAUUUAGUGAUUUCAAAAAUAUAAUGAGCACCACAGCUGUAAAAGAGUCAGUUCAUAGACAUUCACAAUAUUUAGUUCAAUAUCUUAACUUGAUCACUCUGUUUCAAGGAAUGAAUCCCAACGUACGUGCUACCCAACAACAUGUUGAAUAUGAGACUGAAAGUUGGGUGAAUGCUUUCAAUGUUACGUUACAAAUAGCAAAAAGUUGUCGCCAGUUUUCUGAAUGUUAUACAGUGAAUACAAAGGUCUUGUCUAUAACAAUACGUAAAACUUUAAAAAAAUUAUACGAGUGGUGUGCAAGACAUGUAGAAGAUGACAUGGAUAAUAUGGAUGAAACAAAUGACGAACAACAGGUGACAGAUACAAAUUUCAAUACUAACGAAUCAUAUGCCCCCUUUUCAAGAGAUAUGAAAUAUUCAUAUUAUACCAGAAUAGAGGAUUCAGAAGACAAUUCGAUUAUGUUGCGCGAUUCAGAUUUUCAUGAUGUAAUGUUUCCACAGAAUCCAUAUUCGCCCACUUACAGAGUUAUAAAGUUUGAUGUCUCGUCACAGCCUGUCAGUUUUCAUCAUCCAUUGCAUUGGUUUCUUGCUCAGUUAAUUGAAAAUGUUGAAUUGCUGGAUGAAGAUUUGUUGAAACAAAAUGGUUGGGAUAGCUUUCAAAAUAUGGUGAUGGACAUUAAUUCUGAAAAUGCAGAUGAUUCGUCUAUAGUGAUACGAGCUCGUGAAAAAAUGUUGGCAAUACUAGAUUAUCCUUUAAGAGUGCAAAUAAGAGCAGGUCUAUGGGUUCGAAAUGGUUUUGGUAUUCGUAGUCAGUGUCAUCAUUAUCGGGAUGUCUCUCUUCGAGAAAAUACAUAUGAUGAAGACGUUUUCUUAAUUCAGACUGCAUUUAUAAUUUUGGAUCCUGACCUUGUUCUUGCCACAAUUUUAGAUCGAUUUGACCUUAUUGAUUGGUUCAAUGGAAAAAGCUCUCACAAAACAUAUGAUUCUACACAGUUAACUUUUAUUGUAGAAGAACUUUUAAUACUACUCAUCACAUGUGUAAAUGAACGAACAAAUGCUGCUGGUUUGAGCAUCGAAGAGGAAAUCAAAAGUGAAAUAAUACACAGUUUAUGCCUUGGACCAUUGGCUUAUUCCGAACUUUCUAAACGUAUACCAGAACGCCUUACACAAAGUACAUCAUUUGACAAAGUCUUACCAGAUCUUGCCAAUUAUCGAUCACCGGAUAGUCUAACAGAUAAUGGAUUAUAUGAAUUAAAAGACCAGUAUUUUGAUGAUGUAGAUCCUUACUUUAUGCAUUACUCGCGUAACAAUAGAGAAGAGGCUGAAGAUGUUUUGAAAAAUAGGUCAAAGAAAAAAAUGGAUGAUUCUGAAAAGGACAAAACUCCAUUGAUAAUUCCAAAGCUUGUACCUAUAACCAAGGGACCUUAUGUAAAAUUAGGAAACAUAUUACAUGUGAGAUUGAUGAAUCAAAUUAUUUACUAUUCUUUAUGGAAUGUCAAAAAGGAUAACAAAAUCAAAUCUGACACAAUUAUGGAAGAAGCUCUACAUUUGAUCAUCUUGGCCUUAUUAGAUGAAAAUAAUGAUGCAAUAAAGGAAUAUAAACGAAAAGGAAAACAAAAGGCAUCAGAUAAUAUUUUAUCAACAAAUGAUACUUAUUAUCCUACAGGAUUUAUGUAUUAUGCAGUAUCUGAUCGUUUCCAAGAUCCUGAUGUUAAUAUAAUGAAGUCGCCAGUUUCUACUAAUACUCUAUUAGAUUUGUUAUUAGACUUAUCCUCAAAUUCAAAUUUCAAAGACUACCAUCAUAAAAUAAAUUAUAUUUUGGACCAAUUUGAAAAACAUAGUAAUGAAAAUGUGAGAUUUGUGAUCAGUAAUCAUCGUGAAAAAUUGAAUGACAAACUACAAACUAAAGCACAACAAAGCUUUAUAGAUAAGCAUGAAAGUUUUUACGAUAUUGAUGAGGGCAUGUAUGAUGAUGAAUGGGAAAUAACUACUGAUGAACAUUUGGAGGGUGACUUGUCAAAAGAAACAAUUUGGCCAUUCCCAACAGGAACUUGUAUAGUGUGUCAAGAGGAUACCAAUUCAUCAUCAUUAUAUGGAAUGCUGGGAUUGAUUCAACCGUCUACUUUGAUGCGAAGAACUCCAUUUAAUGACAAUGAUUUUGUUUUUGAAACCAUUAAUUUACCAGAGAAUUUAGAUAACAAAUAUGAUAGAAGUAUGCCUUAUGGUGUUGCUUCGUCUCUAUAUUCGGCUGAUGACAAUUCAUCAAAAUCAUCACGUGUAUUGUUAAGUAAAGGAUUUCCUUCAGAUUCAUGUAGGCUAGGAAUGUAUGCGUCAACAUGUGGACAUUUAAUGCAUGUAAAAUGUUUUGAUAAUUAUUUCUUAUCUUUAGAACAAAGGCAUCAAUUACAAUUGACCAGAAAUCAUCCAGAAGAUGUGAAACGUAAAGAGUUCUUGUGUCCUUUAUGCAAAAGUCUAGGAAAUGUAUUAUUCCCAAUAACGUGGAAAGGGAAAAAGGAAGUAUUUCCUGGUGUGCUGGAAGUACAAGAAGAUUUUGGGACAUGGAUAAAUAGUAAAUGUAUGGCGGGAAUGACGAAAUUAAAUUCAUUUGCACAAUCAUUAGAUCAAACAGUUUUUAAUGAACCACCUAGGCGAUACACACAAAAUUUAAGAAACUCUUUUGAUGUUAGAGAUUUGGCUCAGACAACUGGAUUUUCACCUUUGGCUCAAACACAAAGACGACGUAAUAGUAGUGGAGCUGGUAGAUUUAUUUCACAAAUAGUUCAUAUGUUGAGAACACCGACUCAACCAACAGAUGAUAACACUGGUGGUCCAAUUAUUGGUGGUCCUGAUGAGGAUCGUAUUAUAACAAUUCGCAUGUAUGAUCUUUUGGCAGAAGUUGUGGAAAAGUUAGUCAGUAGUAAUAAAUUGGAAAUAACUUUUCAGACUACAGAGAAGUCUUUAAAACAUAUUGAGUACAUGUGGGAUCUAUUUGGAUACACAAUAUCAUGUAUUGAGAUAAGCCAGAGAGGCGUUGGUAACUCGGUUAAUGAAAAUCAACAAGUCACAACAUUAAUGAAUGGAAUCAAUUCACAGACAUCAACACUGCUUAGAAUUCUUUCUGAAACACUAGAUUCAUAUUUAAAUAUAAUGUUAGCAGGCCAAGAGUACGAAGUAAGAUUGAAACAGAUAGCAACACAUCGUCUUCAACAAAUAUUCUAUGAACAUCCGCUUCUACAGCCAAAUAAAGCAGAACAAGAUAUAAUAUCAAAUCCAUUACCUGAUAGUACACGAAGGAUCAACGGACUAUUUGAUAAAAGUUUUCUUUUCACAAAAGUAAAACCUUUAUUACUUGAAGAUCCUUUCUUAAUACUUGUUGAGUUAUGUUUUAAUAAUAAUUGUUGUUAUAAUGAUAGCAACAAUAACAACUCAAUAAGAAGUUUCACUUUCUGGAUUAUGAGACAAUUGGGAUAUAACGAUCAAAUUAUAUUAAAAUUUUUAAAUGAGAUUGGCGAUCAAAUGUUUGCAAAAAUCAUAAGAUCAUUUAGUUUACCAUAUUUGAGGAAAUGUAUAAUAUUAUUACACGCAAGGUUUGGUGUUGUGUUUCCAAGUUCUGAAACAGAGAAACUCAAAACUGAUGAGAUAGAAUUCGUUAGGCUAUGUAAAUUGUUGAGACUUCCUUCAAUGUUAGAAGAAAUUUGUGCGAUAAACACCGAUACAACAACGGAUUUUACAAAAUUAGCAGUUAUUGCAGGUUGGUGUCAUCACUUGUUUGUGCUUCGACAAGAGUUAUCACUACCCUUCACACAAUCAGUCACAACGCCAAUAGAUAGAAAUAAUACAACAAACUUGCUUGUAUCAAGCAGCGUGGCCAUUCGCAGUAGCUCACAAACAUCAGCGAAUGACCCAUAUUUCAUAGAUAUUCAACUUAAUCAUCCAGCUAUAUUUGAGCUUAUUGGUUUACCAAAAAGGCUAGACUUUUUGUUUGAAGAAAGCAUGAGAAGAGUGUGUAAAAAGUGUAAUACUAUACCAAAUGAACCUGCAUUGUGUUUAUUGUGUGGUGCAUUUGUUUGUAGUCAGAGUUAUUGUUGUUUUGAAUCAGAAAGAGGUGAAUGCAAUAAUCAUGCUAGAAGUUGUGGCGGCGAUAAAGGGAUUUAUCUAUUAGUGAAAAAAUGUGUAUUAUUAUUACUUCAUAACGAUAAUGGAUGUUUUAUGAAUGCACCAUAUCUUGACACACACGGAGAAGUUGAUCAUGGAUUAAAACGCGGCAAACCUCAAUAUCUUAAUCAAAAAAGGUAUGACGAAAUUCGUAGAUUAUGGAUAACGCACGGUGUUCCAGUACAAAUUGCAAGAAAAAUUGAACAAAUAUUUGAUGUUGGAGGGUGGUCAACAAUGUAA